CUAGCUUUGCCCCUCCCUCCCCACUCUCCUCAAAAUAAAUAAAAAAUAACGGCCACUGCUCUCACUGAACCCUCUCCUUCCCUCACUCACCACUUCACUGAAAAAAAGAGCCAUUUUCUCUCACUCCCUCUAUCUCUCUCUGUCUCUAUACUCUCCAAUCCAAGCCUCCUUUGGUUUCUCCUACUCGUUGCUCCUCCUUCUCUCUAUCUGACGAUGUAAAAUUCAACUAAGAAAAGCUCAUUAAAGAAUUCGGUUCUGAACUUAUUUUUUUUGCAGCUGAAACACCAAAAGCGAGUUCAAAAGACAUGUCUUUGUGCAGUAGUUUCGCUGCCUUCUUUCUUAUUCACAUUUGCUUGCUUCUGACCUUGUGUUUCGCUGAAGAUCCUUUUGUUACCUAUAGUUUUGAGAUCUCUUAUAUCACUGCUUCUCCUCUCGGCGUGCCCCAGCAGGUUAUUGCCAUAAAUGGCAAGUUUCCUGGUCCUACUAUCAAUGUGACCACUAACAACAAUGUCGUCGUCAAUGUUAGAAAUAAAUUGGACGAGAGUCUCCUCAUGCAUUGGUCUGGAAUUCAACAGAGAAGAAGUUCAUGGCAAGAUGGACUUGCCGGCACUAACUGUCCAAUUCAUCCAAAGUGGAACUGGACCUAUCAGUUUCAGGUUAAGGAUCAGAUUGGGAGUUUCUUUUACUUCCCUUCUCUUCAUAUGCAGAGAGCCUCUGGCGGAUACGGUAGCUUUAUUAUAAAUAACCGGCCUAUUAUUCCAAUUCCUUUUGAUACUCCCUUUGGCGACAUUGUCAUUUUGAUUGGCGAUUGGUACAAAAGAAACCAUACGGCUUUACGAAGGGCCCUUGACGAAGGGAAAGAUCUUGGGAUGCCAGAUGGCGUGCUUAUUAAUGGCAAAGGUCCUUACCAGUAUAACACCACUCUUGUUCCUGAUGGCAUUGACUAUGAAACUAUUGAAGUCCACCCAGGGAAAACCUAUCGCCUUCGUGUACACAACGUUGGAACAUCAACUAGUUUGAAUUUCAGGAUCCAGAACCAUAACCUGCUUUUAGCGGAGUCGGAGGGAUCAUAUACAGUACAACAGAAUUAUACCAGCUUAGAUAUUCAUGUAGGACAAUCAUAUUCUUUCUUGGUAACCAUGGACCAGAAUGCAAGUUCUGAUUACUAUAUUGUAGCUAGCGCCAGGUUUGUGAAUGAAUCACAAUGGAAAAGGGUUACUGGUGUUGCUGUGUUGCACUAUACAAAUUCCAAAGGAAAGGCAAAGGGUCCCCUUCCAGAUGCACCGAAUGAUGAGUUUGACAAAACUUUUUCAAUGAACCAGGCAAGAUCUAUCAGAUGGAAUGUUUCUGCAAGUGGUGCACGUCCUAACCCUCAAGGUUCAUUUAGAUACGGGUCAAUCAACGUAACUGAAGUUUAUGUGUUGAAGAAUAAGCCACCAGUGACAAUUAAUGGAAAAAAUCGAACCACUUUGAGUGGGAUAUCAUUUGUCAAUCCUUCCACUCCAAUCAGACUCGCUGAUCAAUUCAAAGUGAAGGGAGUUUAUAAGCUUGAUUUCCCUAGUAAGCCACUUGAAGGGCCACCAAAAAUGGAAACAUCAGUAAUUAAUGGAACAUAUAGAGGUUUUAUGGAAGUCAUUCUGCAGAAUAAUGAUACAAAGAUGCAGAGCUAUCACAUGAGUGGAUAUGCAUUUUUUGUUGUCGGGAUGGAUUAUGGUGAAUGGACAGAUAAUAGCAGGGGCACUUAUAAUAAAUGGGAUGGCAUUGCGCGAUCCACGAUACAGGUUUAUCCUGGAGCUUGGACAGCAAUUUUGGUGUCACUUGACAAUGUUGGAGUCUGGAACCUCAGAACAGAGAACCUUGACUCGUGGUAUCUCGGCCAAGAAACAUAUGUCAGAGUUGUGAAUCCAGAGGCGACUAACAAAACUGAGUUGCCACUGCCAGAAAAUGCCCUGUUUUGUGGUUCUCUCAGCCGUAUGCAGAAGCCACAAGAUAUCUCUUCUUUUGCUGCGUCAAUCAAGGGCGAUAAAUCAAAGCUAUUUCUAACGUUGCUGAUGAUUGCCUGUGCUACGAUGUGCAUUUUCCGCUGAUUAUUCCUUUGAGAUAACUUCUUGAAACGUCUUGUGAGUGCUUAGGUGUGUAAUUGUAGAGUUUUCAGUGAUCUUGGCAUGUAUUUUUAAAUCUUCUCUUCGGGUUACUUGUUUUAUUGGGAUCAUCAUUCUUUUGAAUACCUGUAAUUUAUAUGCUGUUGGCAAUUCAUUAAAUUUUCAACACGAUGAAACUACCUGAGGAAGUAGUUUUAUGUCUUCA